AUGCUUAAUACGUUAACGGUAAGUAUUAUAAAGAUUAGUUUUAGCUUAGGUAAGGAAAUCGUUACCCUAAGUAUAAUAAAAAUAGAGACGUAUUUUAAAAUAAUAACUUUUUAUAUUUUACCCGUUAAUACCCUAUUUUUCUUAUAUUUAAAAAAUAUAGAUUAA